CCAACCACCCCCCUCCACUCCUCAUAAAUUCAGUACUCAUCCGGCUCUCUUCCCCAACCCUCAACUACUUUGCAGCAUAUUUGAGAAAUUUUUAAACUCCGAACGAAAAUGAAGUUCAAUUCGAGCAACCAAAAGCAGUUGUUGUCUAAAAUAGCAACGAACAAUGGACAUGGUGAAGACUCUCACUACUUCGAUGGUUGGAAGGCGUACGACAGUGAUCCCUACCAUCCUACCCUUAAUCCUCAUGGUGUUAUUCAGAUGGGUCUUGCAGAAAACCAGCUUUCCUUUGAUUCAAUCAAAGAGUGGAUUGUCAAUAAUCCAAAAGCAUCCAUAUGCACAGCAGAAGGAGCUAGUGGCUUCAUGGAUACUGCUAUAUUUCAGGAUUAUCAUGGCCUUCCAGAGUUCAGAAAUGCUGUGGCGAAGUUUAUGGGGAAAGUGAGAGGACAGAGAGUCACAUUCGACCCUGACCGGAUUGUCAUGAGUGGAGGAGCAACUGGAGCUCAUGAAAUGGUGGCCUUUUGCUUGGCAGAUCCUGGUGAUGCGUUUUUGGUGCCUACACCAUAUUAUCCAGGAUUUGACAGAGAUUUGAGAUGGAGAACAGGAGUACAACUUCUCCCAGUAGUUUGUGAGAUCUCUAACAAUUUCACGGUGACCAAAACGGCCUUGGAGGCAGCAUACUCCAAAGCCCAAGAAGCCAACAUCAAAGUAAAGGGCUUACUCAUAACCAAUCCAUCAAACCCAUUGGGCACCAUACUUGACAGAGAGACCCUGAGAAGUGUACUAAGCUUCACUAAUAAAAAGAACAUUCACCUAGUGUGUGAUGAAAUCUAUGCUGCCACAGUCUUCAACAAGCCUGGUUUUAUCAGCAUUGCUGAAAUAAUUGAAGAAAUGGAAUGCAAUCGUGACCUCGUACACAUUGUUUAUAGUCUGUCCAAGGACUUCGGCUUCCCAGGCUUCCGGGUUGGUAUCGUGUACUCAUACAACGAUACAGUAGUGAAAAUUGCCCGCAAGAUGUCGAGUUUUGGGCUCGUGUCGACCCAAACACAGCAUCUGAUUGCAUCAAUGCUAUCAGACGACAAGUUUGUGGACAAAUUCAUUGCUGAGAGUGCAAAAAAGUUGGCCACAAGGCAUGGAGUGUUCACCAGGGGACUUGCACAAGUAGGCAUUGGCAGCUUGAAGAGCAAUGCUGGCCUAUUUUUCUGGAUGGACCUUCGGAGACUACUCAAAGAGCCAACUCAUGAAGCUGAAACGGAACUAUGGAGGGCAAUAAUUGCCGAUGCUAAGCUAAAUGUUUCUCCCGGAUUUUCUUUCCACUGCUCCGAUCCGGGUUGGUUUCGGGUUUGCUUUGCAAACAUGGAUGAUGAAACCAUGAGAUUGGCUCUGAGAAGGAUUAAGAACUUUGUAAUUCAGGCCCAGGGACAGCAGGCCAGUGCUGCCAAGAAACACUACAGACAAAGCAAGCUUCAAGUCAGUUUAUCAUUUAGAAGAAUGGAAGAUCCGAUGAUGACACCACGCCUGAUGUCCCCUCACUCCCCUAUGGUUUCACCCCUUGUUCGUGCAAGGAAUUAGAUAACAACCUAUUGAUCAAACCAAGAGCACUCUGUUAGCAGCUACCCCUUUUGUCUCAUGAUCAGGGAUUGCACGAUCCCAAAUGGAGUCGGUGUUUGGCUCGGAUUAUCCAAAUUAUCCACCCCAAAUUGUUAUUUUUUGUAGUUCUAACACCAAAUUAUAACUAUAACCGAUUCUUUAUUUUGGUAAUCUGUAAGGUUAUAACUUGAUUUGUUCUGAUUUGAUCUUUUUGUAAUAAAAAUGUCAUUUGCUUCUAUUAUUCACAAGUACAUGGUUUCAGACUACCAUUUUUUUUCU